CUUUCUAUGCUCUACUUGCAGUCUUGCACCCUCUUUGUUCUCUUUGCUCUUAUUGCUCAGUUCUUAGCGCUCUGGUUGAAGCUCUAGAAUGGUUUUCCUUUGCUUCUCCAAAUCCGAGUUUUAUUCUCUCUGUUUUUGAUCCGUUUCUUCUCUUUUUCAAUCAAAGAUCUCAUCUUUGCAUUUCAAAUCCGUAAAAAUCCCAUCUUUUUUUUUUUUUUCUUUUUCUUUUGAAUAUCAAAAGCAUCAGAUUUGGAGAAAUGAGUAGCAUGAGGCUGGCGUGGAAGGUUUUUGUUUGUUUCUAUGAGGUUCUGUAAUUUUCUUGUGGUUUUGUGAUUGGAAAGUAGCCUGAAUUAAUGGGAAGAGGCAGAGGGAAGGGAAAGAAGUUGACUGUUGUUGCUGGUCAUGACGACCCGGGGAGCGGUGGUGAAGAACCUCUUCCCCCGUAUAAGAGAAGGGGAAGGCCUCAGAAGCCAUUGAAGGAUGGCAUUGAUGAGGAUGAUACUGAAAAGAUUGAAGAAGAAGAGGAAGAAGGAGAUGAUACAAAGCCGACCAUAUCCAGUAAACAAGUGAAGGGUGCCGUGGUAGAGAAUGGAAGGAAGAGGAAGCGGCAACAACUGAAAGAAAAUUCUGACUCGGCUUUAGAUGAAAAUGGUGCUGGCACAAAAUCCAGCAUUGAGGAUCCUGCUAAACCUAAUGGUUUUCGGCAAAAUGGAAACCGACGUAAGAGCAAACCUCGGCGUGCUGCUGAAGCGGGAGUUGAGUGCAAGUGAUGUCUCUGAUAGUCAGUGACGAGGGCUGCUGAAGCGGGAGUUGAGUGCAAGUGAUGUCUCUGAUAGUCAGUGACGACGGGCGUUUUCCUUGUUACAAACAGAGGAUCAUACAGUAUCGACGUCCUUUUGGUAUCCAAAUUUUGUGUUUUGAUGUCUUUACAUUUCCUUUGCUGUUUGCAAUUGAAUUAAAUUGCAAUUGUAGGGUCUGCAUAUACUGCUUUGUUUUAUCUUUCCUUUAAGCAUGAAGCUGUUAUUAGAUAUUCGCAUAACCAUAAUUGUAAUAUCUAUUUCGUGCAAAUUGUAAACUGAAGGCUUUUCUUGUCUUUCCUUUUUUA